GCAUCUAUACCAUAUUAUUUUAUUAUUACUGUACUGUAUUUACUUUUGGUUUCUUUAUGAUUGAAAUUGUGGUAAAAUUUUUGUUAUAUAUAUUUUAAUCCCGUGUUUAAAGCUUUAUUAGUGUGUUCUAAAUAGGUUACCAGCCAUGAUCCUGGGAGACAGGCCACAUGGAGGAUUAUCAUCACCAAAUUUCUGAAAUCCAAAAAGCUGUGAGGGAAAGGGAGAUCCAUCGUCUCCAGCUAGAGAAAAAAGUGUUAAUGAAGACCCAUAGAAGAGAAAAGAGAUAUGAAGAACUGCAGGAUAAAAUCAAGGAACUACACAAGGAACUCAUACGUGAAGAACUGGAAGCAACUCAGCGUUUCCAGAAACUACUCACCCAAGUUGAUGCAGUGAGAAGAGAACACCAACUAUUGGCUGCCCAUACAGAGAGACUCCGACUAAAAAAGGACCUAUUUCAGCGUCAGUAUGAGAUGCAGAUAGCCAACACUUACCCUGGUCUUCAGUACACAGGACAAGAUGAUCGGUAUCAUAACUUUCAAAGUUCAGGAAGAGCAGGUAGAGGGAUCGUGCCUCAGAGAGCCAGUACUCCUGUCUCCACCCUGCCUCUCUUCAGAUCCGUUGCCACUCCACAACCACAUAUAUCACCAGUAGUGUCUACAUCACAUUACUGGUCUGUACAGCCUCCAGUAAACUUUGUACCUCCUGCUCAGACAAGUCCUCAUACUUAUGGACAACAGCCAUUAAAUGUAGCCAGACCUCAUCUCCAAACAUUUGGCCCUCAGGGAUCUCCCAAUCCUAUCACAGAUGCACAGACAUAUCCAGAAACUAAUAUUAAUAUGCCAACUGAUGCAACACAAAGAUCAAAUCAAUUCUCUACUCCAUCUUUUCAAUCUAAUUACAUUAAAAAUCUGAUUGCUGAAGAAAGUUCUGUGUCAGCCAUAAGGGAUUCCUCACAGUCUGGAGAAAUUAGUCAAUCUUUAUCUGAAAUGCAAAAUGCCACAAUUAUGUCACAUGAUUCCAGUCAUUAUAAUCCUAUGCAUCACCAGGAACUUGGCCAAACUUUACAGAGCCAACCAUUGGUAGUGCACUCCUCUAGAGAUUCAAUUUCUGGUGUUCCUGGUAUUACCCCACAACAGGCUGUGUGUUAUCCAAAUUACAUUAUAACACAGAACUUACAAACUCAACAACCACAGCUCCAGCCAUCCCACCAUAAUAAUUCUCUUCUAAAACCCUUAAGUGGCUCACAAGAUGCAGAGACGGAUAAUGCCAUGAGCCUUGCGCACCUAACAGAUAAGGAAACUCCAUUUUUGUCUGUCAAUUCAUCACAUGGUUUAUCUGCAGUUCCAUCACACAAUGUAAUCCAUGGUGUUCCAGAUGCAAUGAAUAAUUCUUAUCAGUCUGGUCUCCAAUCAUCCUUUCACGAGUCUUUCACGCAUAUAACUCCUUCGGUACACAAAUUAUCUGAAGCUACAGACAUUGACUCUGUAGGGAGGGAAACAGGGAAUAACCAUCAAACUGUCACUCAGACCUUUAAUACAGUUAGAGGAUCAGGAAGAGGUAUUAGAGGAGAGGAGUCUGAGGCCACCCAAGACAUAGUUGAACAACAGGACAUUAUCCCAGAGGAAGCAUCAGUUGAACAAAUUCCUUCAGGCACAGACAGUCAACUAUUACAGGAACAGCAAAGCAUAAGCACUGCCCAUAAUGAAUUAUAUACAAGAAACGAAAAUAUGGAGCAAGGGGAAGAAAGUUCAAAUAACUUAUCUGCAAGACAUAAAUUAAAUGACAACAGGACAAAAAUAAUUGAAACAAAUACGAACACCUUUGGAGGUGGAAGCAUAGAAACAAUAUCUCACACAGGAAAUGAAGUUAGCAUUGAAGAUGGUGAACUUGAUGAAAAAUCAGUCCAUGAAUAUCACAAGAAAAGCAGUGAAUCAUUCCCUGUCCAUAAUGAGGUGUUACCCACAGCCUAUGGUGACUCCAGCAUAUUUUUAAUAACCAGUAAUGAUCAUUCUGCAUUACCAAACAAGUCAAAUAGUAAUAAUAACUCCUCCCUGUCACCAGCUGGCAACACUCGCAAUGAUAUCGUGGCAACGUCAACCCAGGAACAGGAUAUGCUCAAGGUUUCAUCAGACACCAUGAAUCCCAGAGUAAUAGAGACUGACGUGGACACACUGGAAUCAUCUGCUGUUCAUAUAAACAAAGAAGCAACUCGUGUGGUCAGAAAAGAUGAAAUUAAGAGGUCACCACAUCACUCUCAAGGUGUACGACCCAGUUCCUCUGUACUAAUCUCCCCAGAGAAGUUAACCCAUCAACCUCCCACUAGAGAUAAAAAUAAUUCUGAAAAACUAUCAUUGACAGGAUCAGAAGUCUCCAUGGCCUCACACUCAAAGGCUGCAUCACAAGACCAGGAGGAGGAUGAGCAAGACUUCUUUGAUCGUGAUAUUCCAGUUACUGCUUCAACAGCAUAUAAGAAUCUGGUGGGGAACACCAGAGUGAGUGCAGGAUCCUCACCGAGAACAGACAGUGAGAGUGAUGAUGUUGAGGGGCACAUGUCUGCUAUCAUAUCACAGCAGCAGACUCAACCAACAAGGCCAACUUUCAAGCCAUUUGCCUCCAGCAUCCCAUCUCUUCGGCCACCAGAGACUGAUACAGACAGUGUGGACAGUGUGGAGGCCGCCAUACAAACAGCACUGAAAAAUAAAAAAGACCAGCCAUCAGGCAACAGUGUCCCUCAUCAGUCAUCCCCACCUGAAGACACAUCAUUAAAACCAACUUCAGUACAAGCUAAGGAAAACAUCAGAACUGGCAUUGGGGGCAAGGCUCGUGCAUCAACAGCUCUCCAGUUAAAUUUGGAAUCUGAUUCAGAAUCAUAUGGCAUCAGUGUAGGGGGGGAAGAGGCUUCUGAUGAAGAUGAUUUUGGAUUUUAUGAUUAAUUUUGACAUUUUUCAUAAGAAUAAUUAUAAACCCGAGUCAGUUUUACAUUUGUAUGGGGUGCAAAUACAUUUAGAAAGCCUCCGCAGGAAAUAAUGAAGCACUGUAUUGUACUGUAAUACAGACACAUCCUGAUUUAUGAAAGGGUUGUCUUCCUGAUAAACCUUUCAUAGAUUGAACAAUAUUUUCCCAUUCCUCUCCGUGCAGACAUGGAAAGCGGCCAUAAACGAUGCUGUUGAUGUAUAGUGGAAGAUUCACCCCUAAGAAAAAAUAUCCUCCCCAAAAUCCUGCAGGUGGUUGGAGCAAAUAAAUCAUUAGCCAAUGACAAGAGAAUAUUAUUAUGGCAUGUUGUGUGAUUAUGUUAACAGUAGUUAACCAUCAUAGUGGCAGUAGGAAUAGUUCCCCAAUUUUAAAUGUUACUUACACAUAUUACUAAACUUUGUGAUUUUUUAAUUUACUGCAAAUGAUGUACAUUACUAUUAAACUGGAACUUCAUAAUAAUGUAUAAGCAAAGUUAUCAACAUUAACUGUUAUGUUGUGUAAUGUAAACUGCAAAUGAAUAUAAUCUACAGACUUGUCA